GCAAAGAUGAAAGAAGAUUUCAUCCGGGUUAUUACACAGAUGUUCUGCAAUCACGAGAAAAUACAUCACAUACACCUAGAUACUGUGUAUUUUAUCAAUGGAAUUGAUAAAAACGACCCCGAAAUACAACACAUGACAGAUCAAGUUGUCCUGUUUGCAAUGCAGCAAUCGUCCUGGGGCCAGCGACGACCUAUGCAAUGGGUACCUUUGGAGUUGCAAAUCUCCAACAUGAGAAUGAAAAAUGUAAACAUCAUUACCAAGGAAGAUCUACGAAAUGUUAAUAAGCUGAAUGACGACUUGGCCUUAAGAGAAGAUCAGCUGAACGACUUCCUUUUAGUCCAACAAUCCCUUGGUAAACUGAUGUAUUACAAUCUUCCUGGCUUAGAAAAUUGCAUCAUCAUUCACCCUCCUGCAUUGGUUAACAUUUUGAGGUCAUUUGUGACGGAUGAGAAGUUCUUUCCAGCAGACCAAAAUCUUAAAACUAUAUUGCAAACAUUGACACAGACAGGUAAAAUUUAUCGAACAGAUCUUUUUAAGCUUUGGCAACAAGAUCAUUUUCCUCAAUACAUGCAAGAUGAUUUCAUUAAAGAAUUUGUCAUACAGCUUCUAGUCCAUUUGGAUAUUCUGAUAGUCCCUAAGGCGUUAGAAAAUUCGUCUACUGAUGUGUACCUUGUACCAUGCAUGAUCAAGACCCCCAGACCAGACUUUAAGAACCUGCAACAUCAUGGAGAAAGAACAAUUUGUCUGGAAUAUGCAUUAGCCAAAAACUCCAUUCCAAGUGCUCUUGCUUACAAAGUUAUUGGGGCAGCAAUAAUCACCUGGCCAUUGAAAGAAGAAAAUGGAAAACCGUGUCUAUACCACAAGGCCGCAGUGAUGAAUGUGAGUGAGGAUGAUGAACUCAGUAUUUGGUUAGAAGACAAUCGAGUUACGGUAUACUUGACAAACCAGAAAUCAUUACUCUCUAUCUCACCAGAUGUUGCUGCAAGCAUACAAGAAUGUUUGACCAAGAACAUCGAGUCUUCCCUUCUCUUCUAUUUUAACAGUUUUGGUAAGAAAAUCAAACCAACAAAAGUAUUAGAACUGUACACCUUGGCGCUAGGUGUUCCAUGCGGCACUGGUGUAUGCUUCAAAUCUGCAGAAGAGGUUAAUGAAGCCAAUUAUUGGACAUGUGACAAGGAAAAAAAGCAUAACACAAAAUAUUUACUGUACUGGAUCUUUGAUAAGUCCCAAAAGACGUGUGCACUUGGAUGUAAAGGUCUCAGCUACAAUGAAUUGAGAACAGAACCAAGUGAUAAGCAUCUAGUAAGACUGGGAAGUCAGAUUGGAAUAAAGUCAUUUCAAGAAUUUUAUUUACAUUUGGGAAUGAAAACAAGGCAAUGGGAGAACACUUUAGAUAUGUAUCAUGGUCACAGUCGUGAAGGGAUAAUGUCGAUGGCACUAGUGAAAUGGAAGGAUUAUAAGUUAUCGGACCUUGAAGAACCUUCCUUGGAAGAUCUGGCAAACGCCUUGGCUAAAGUGAAUUUGGAUAACCAUGUUAUUUGUCAGGUUUUCAGAGAAGAAACUAAGUUACUAGACAUUGCAGACUUCAAUCUCCAAGAAACACCAAGUGACGGAGUUCUGAAAGAGUUAUCAUUCCAGGUAGGCAAUUGUGCACUUCAGUUGGGAAUAGAACUAGGAGUGAGCUUUAAUGAAGUUGAGAACAGUUUAUUCAAAUUUCCAAAAGAUUUACCUGGUUUAAUAGAAGAUAUAUUAAUGAAAUGGAAGGCAACGUCAAAAUUAAAGACAUUCCAUAGUUUGAUGCUGGCACUUAAACGCGUACAAGGAGGUGGGGUGAAUUAUUUACACAAAAUGUCAAAGUAACAUAAACAACACAUGCCCAGCAUGAGGUUUCUGUAGAAUUAACACAACGUAUUAGACUUUGCUUUGCUUUCUAAUUUUGAAUUAUUAUUUCAAUUAUAAUAUACAUACAGUGUUAUAAUGUAUUAUAUAUAUAUAUAUAUAUAUCAAACUUUAAUAGAUCCUCUAUAUUGUCCUACUCACUCUGAUUCUUACAUUAUUCAUAAUUAGUACACGUCAUCAAACAAAGCUAUACUCGUCAAAAAAUAUAUGGUCGACAUGUGUGUAAUUCAUAUUCCCUAUCAUAUCAACAGAAAAAUUGUCUAUCAUUUUCUUCGAAAAAAUGCCUGUAACAAGUCAGGAAUCUGACAGUUUUUUCCAAUCAUUCCGUUUGUUUGUAUAUUCGACCGUUUGCUCUUGUAAAUUUUUAUGGACUUCCCCUUUUUGGAAUUUACUUUGGAGUUUUGUUUCUGUUUGUUAAUUUUUGCUGCUUAUACAAGCAGAUGAAAUCUUGCCAUUAGAUUGAGUUGUUGCUAAUGUAUCUUCUCGUCCGCCAAAAAUGUUGUUCUUUCAGCAGACAAGCGUUAAACAAUAUUUUUUUUCAUAUGCAAACAUCAUUAUUUUGAUUGUAUGACAAAGUAACUUGGAAUUCACGGCAAAUAAAAAAAAAUCCAACUUAUACACAAACAUCAUGCAUGAACAUUAAUGUAGAAUUUUAAAUUUGGAGCAUCCGAAGCGCUUUUCUAGAUUAACCUUCAUCAGGAAAGCCCAAAACUUUAAAAUAAUAAAAUGUAAACAGUAAAUACUUUACCUGAAGUGAUAUAUGACUAAAAGGUCCUUUUAAAGAUAAGUUCUCUACGUAUGGUCAACUUUGCAUGGGGGAGUUCGAACCUUAGUUUUGAAAUCACUUCUAAAUUUAUUAACGGAGUAUUUCACAAAUGAGGAGAUGUAGAAAAUAUAACAUCUGUCCUUAAAACAUAUACAUAAAAUAUUCAUAAAUGUUUCCUAAAAACAAUGUAUCUCGUCUGCGAUUGCUGCUCUCAUUGUAAAUGUGUAAUGUUGACUGUCAAAAAACUUUUUGGGAGUUUUCAAAGUAUUUCUUUUUUACAAAAAUUCAGUUAAUAUAAACGGUUUAGAUAAAUUUUUCACUAGCGGCAAUGUGAUUGUAUUCAUUUCAAUUUCUGUUUAAGACAGAGAGCGAUUGGUUUCCUAAACCUGACCCAUAAUUUUAAACCACAAAAAAAAAUAUAAAUAAUAAAGUCUCUUUAAAACGAACUUCAGCUUUAGACCUGUCAUACUUGUCUUCUUCAGCGGAACUUUAUUAUUUGUAUUGUAAAAACCCGUAUUAUCAUAAUGAAAAAAAAACAUAGUUCACACUCAAAAUCAGGGAAAGAGAACGUCACUUUUUGUGUAAAUUCCAUGCGGCGUUCAUAUCUGUAAUGUGUUUAUCCAAAGUGUAUCAAUUGUAUCACGGUAUCCAUUGCAUCCGGCGUGUAUGUCCGUAUUUCAUUUAUCCAAAGUGUAUCACAGUAUGCAUCGCAUCAAAAUCUAAAUCAUGGCAAGAAAUUCAAAUAAUCCGUAAACAGAAACUAGAAACUGGAAUCUGUAUACUCAAAAUCCAGGUGCUGAUGUGAUGUUCCUACAUAGAAGUGGGUGAAAAUGAAGUCAACUCCUUUGUCGUAAUGUUUUGUUCUUAACUUACCCUUAUUGUCACUGUAUAGAUAUAAGUCAAUAUAUGAGGCAGACUUAACUGUAUCUGUAGUACCCAUAUCACUAGUAAAUGGAUAUUAGUCUGUAACGGUCAUUUCAACCUUAACAUCAUUUGAAAACUCUAAACAAUGAACUAUUCAGUCAUAUUCAGUCUUUAAAUCAGUAUCCAGACGCAUCUACAGCAGGAAACUCAGUACUGUUCAGACAAUUUGCUUGCGGAUAACAGUUACUUUUCAGAACAUUCCGUAUGAUGUUGAUGUGAACAGAUAAAUUACAACGAAUAGUUUAAACAGUAUUGAAUUUACCGCAUUGAAUGAGACUAAAAAUUUACUGUAAGAAUGAACACUAUCUAUUUAUUUAUGGUCAGUUAAUUAUGAUCUGUGUAGAUCAAAUACCGUUUCAGAUCAAAAUUGGUUUACUAAUGGCAUUAUACAAUGAUAUAUAAGUUCAACAAGACAUGUAUAUUGAAGACCCAUUGGUGGCCUUCGGCUGUUUUCCCCUCUUUGGUCGGGUUGUCUCUUUGACACAUUCCCCAUUUUCAUUCUGAUUUUAUGUAUAUACAUUUUUGUGUAAAUCAAUUAAGGAGAUGUGGUAUGACUCGUAAUGGGACAACUAUCCAACGAGUCCUCAAGUAGCGAUUUAAACAGUUAUAGGUAAUCCUACUGCCUUCAACAAUUAGCAAAAACAUACCUUAUAGUUAGUUCAAAUGGCCCAUACAUGAGCAGAUGUAAAACCAUGCAAAAGAAAUAACAACUCAUAGAUAAAUCAUGUUCAUUAUCAAUCAGUACACAUCCAAAUUUAGUGACAAGACUUCAUGAACAGUCCGGGAAAAGCAUAACCUUGUGCAAUACAAAAAUAUAAUAAUGACAGGAUGUUGGGUAAUAAAAGUAUAGCAAUACCUAUUUAGUUAUGUUUUCACUUAUCAAAAACAAAUAAGAUAUUGUAAACGAUGAAAACAAUAGUCUACGGUGUUCAAUUUAGAUCCUCAUCUGUUUUGAACUGAUAUGUCUGUUUAUUUCCUCAACUAUGUUAACCAGUACUUUGUAUUCAUUGCAUCACAAAGCAUUUGCUUAUAUGUUUGCCUUACUUAUCUAAUGCAAUUUAUUCAUUGAUGUUCAAUGUUUUGUUUUGAUAGAACAUUAUACUUUGUUCUUUUAUUAGUUUCAUAAUGUUUUGCUUUUGCUUAGGCUUUUUUAUGCUAUUUUCGAAAAUAAAAGAUUGCAUACAAUCA